AUGUAUUGGAGACAUGUUAGAAUUCUUUUUAUGGUGCCUAUGGCCUUGCAAGUCAUUCAUUUUGGAAGAGGCCGUGAAGAAGAAGAGUAUGAACAUGCUGGAGAAAAUGUCAAUGCCACAGCUCAAAAGCAGCAGCCAAAAAAUCAAGACACUAUUGUAAAUGCUCUUAAUGACGUGAAUCAAAGUUAUGAGAGCAGGAAGCAACCGAAUUCUAGGAGUCUUGUGCCUUUCACUGGGAUUACAGACAGUAAAAAGCUGAACAGGCACUGUUGUCAAAAUGGAGGGACCUGUAUCCUAGGCAGUUUCUGUGCAUGUCUAAAACAUUUUACUGGCAGAUACUGUGAGCAUGAUGAACGGAAACGCAACUGUGGCCCUGUUGCCCACGGAGCCUGGAUAAUCAAGGGUUGUCGAUUCUGUCGAUGUGGGUAUGGCAUGCUACACUGCCUUUCAGGAAGAAUGCAAGACAACUGUGAUGUAAAAGAGGAAGAGGAGGAGGAAUUUCCUAGGUUACAUUCCAGUGGCUCAAGAUUAAAACAAACAGCAUUCUCUCUUGUCACCCUAUUCUUCUUCUGCAGCAAGUAUUUAUGA